UUCAUAUUUUAUUAAUCACUUUAUUCGUACAUAUUUUUUUAUUCAAUUUUAACUAAAAUGUUGCCGUCUAAAGGUUACUUCAGGGCUCUUGAAUGUCCUUAUUAUUCUACUUCUUUUUGUGAUAGACCAUACUGUCAUUUUAAACAUAGUAAACAAGAUUCUAUUGAUGUCGAAAAUGAGGAUAAAAAAUCUGAAGAAGUUAGGAAUUCAUCAUUUUCUGAAGAAUCAAAUAUAAAAACAAAGUUGAAACCUAGAAUAAUUGAGUAUGUUCCAAAGUGUAUUAAACCUAAAAACAUUGAUCUCGAUAAUAGUAAUGAAGAAAAAAAAACUUGUACUCCUGAAUAUGUUCCUUCGAUGGUUGAUAAACCUAUUAUAAAUUCUGAAGAACUUUGUAGAACUAAUUUAGAUGAAGAAAAAAUAAAUAAUUCUAUAGAAUUACCUAAUGUAUUAUCAACUACAGUGUUUGAAGGUAUCAAAAUUUUAUCUGACAGUAAUAAUACAACCGAAAGUUCUAAAACAGAACAUUCCAGUUCUAAAAGAAAAGAUAGACAUCAUUCUUCAUCAGAACAUUCACAAAAAUCUUCAAGAAGUUCUUCUAAAUCUAGCCAUAAAUCUAAGAAGUCCAAGAAAGAUAAAACACCUGAUCAUAAUUAUAAUACAAAAAGCAGUUCUAAAAGUGAUCAUAGCAAUAAAAAUAGUAAUAUUAAAGAUGCUUUGAAUAAUUCAAAAUCAAGUGCUGGACAUAAAUCAUUAAAAGAAGCAGUAUUUGAAAAAGUUAAAAAAAAACUCGAUGACUCAAUUGUUUCACCUGGAGUACCUAUGGAAAUUGCACUAAAUAAAGAAUCUAAAAGAAAAACUCCAGUUGCGAUUGCUUUUAGAAAUGGUGAUAGGACAUUUGGAGAGGAUGCCUUAACUGUAUGUGUACGUUUUCCAUCCAACUGUUAUAUAUAUUUCUUAGAUUUACUGGGAAAGCAAAUUGAUAAUCCUACUGUGGAAAUCUUCAGAAAACGUUUCCCUUAUUAUGAUAUUAUAGCCGAUGAAAAUCGAAAUACGAUUCUUUUUAAACAUACUGAAUCAAAUGAAGUGUUUUCACCAGAAGAAUUAGUUGCUAUGAUGUUAGAAAAAGCUAGGGAUUUUGCGCAAGAUAGUGCAGGCCAACCCAUUAAUGAAGCAGUGAUAACUGUCCCUUGUUACUUUGGACAAGCUGAACGUUUUGCAAUGCUUAAAGCGGCUGAAAUUGCAGGAAUUAAAGUUUUGCAAUUAAUUAAUAGUUAUACAGCAGCUGCAUUGAAUUAUGGUAUAUUUCGUACUAAAAGCUUUAAUGAAACAUCUCCUAUGUAUAUGUUAUUUUAUGAUAUGGGUGCUUAUAGUACUCAAGCAACAGUUGUUUCAUAUCAAUUAGUAAAGAGUAAAGAUAAAGUAGCACCUGAAAUACAUCCUCAAUUGACAGUGUUGGGAGUAGGAUAUGAGCGUAAUUUGGGAGGACUUGAAAUUCAAUUUAGAUUAAGAGAUUAUUUAGCAAAAAAAUUUAACUCACUUAAACUAACAAGUAAUGAUGUUACUAAAAACCCACGAGCAAUGGCUAAAUUAUUUAAAGAAGCUGGUCGUGUGAAAAAUGUCUUGAGUGCUAAUACUGAUCAUUUUGCUCAGGUAGAAGGCUUAAUAGAUGAAAAAGAUAUGCGAAUUAAAGUAACAAGAGAGGAAUUGGAUGAGUUAUGCAAAGAUUUGUUCGACAGAGUGACAGUUCCUGCUCAAAGAGCUUUAGAAUCUUCAGGCCUCACUAUUGAUAUAAUAGAACAAGUUAUGUUAGCUGGAGCUGGUACAAGAGUUCCUAAAGUUCAAGAACGAUUAAUUAAAGACCUCAAAAUUAGUCAACCUUUAGGUCGUUCUCUAAAUACAGAUGAAGCAGCUGCCUUAGGAGCUGCUUACAAGGCAGCUGAUCUUAGUAAUGGAUUCAAAGUAAAGCCUUUUAUUACCAAAGAUGCCACUCUAUUUCCUAUUCAGGUUAUAUUUGAUAAAGAAAUUACAGAAGAAGAUAAACCAACUAAACAAGUAAAACGCAUGUUGUUUGGUCCCAUGAAUCCAUAUCCACAAAGAAAGAUUUUAACGUUUAAUAAACAUAAAAAAGAUUUUGCUUUUAUGGUUGGUUAUGCUGAACUAAGCCAUCUACCAGAAUACGAAAUAAAAGCUUUGGGGCCAUUGACUCUCAGUAGUAUAAAAUUAAAUGGUGUUAAAGAAGCAUUUUCUAAGCACCAGGAAACUGAAGAUAUAGAUACCAAAGGAAUUAAAGCACACUUUGCUUUAGAUGAAAGUGGUUUGUUGGUUUUACAAAAUGUAGAAUUAUUAAUACAAAAAACUAUAAGAACUGAUGAUGAAGAACAAUCCACACUUUCUAAAAUUGGCAAUACUAUUAGUAAUUUGUUUAAGGGCCCUGAAGAAGUUUUGAAAGAUGAAAAGACUGUUAAUGAAACACUAGAAGAAGAAAACUCUAUUCCACCUCAAACAUCAGCUAAUUUUACUCAAAAUAGUACUACAGAAACAUUAAAUAAGUCUAAUAAUAGUACUGAACCAAUACAACUAAAUAGUACCAGUUCUGAAACGGAUAUUAAAAAAAAUUCUAAAGUUGUUACCAUUAAGGAAACUAUUAAUAUUAGUCAAGAAAAUUUAUUUGUCAAUCCACCAGAUGGAGAUGUUUUACAAAAGUCAAUUAAUAAAAUUAGUCAAUUAAAACAAAAGGAUUUAGAAAAAUCUCGUAAAGAAACAUCUUUAAAUAAUUUAGAAACUGCUAUUAUUGAAACACGAGAAAAAUUAGAACAACCUGAUUAUGCUGAUUCUGCAACAUCUGAAGAAGUUCAACAAAUUUUAGAUAAAUGUUCUGAAACAUCAAAUUGGUUAGAAGAUGAAGGCUUUGGUGCUACUGCUGAAAAAUUAGAUUUAAAAUUAGAUGAUUUAGUCAAGGUUGUUCGUCCAAUAUGGGAAAGAGCAAUGGAACAUUUAGAAAGACCAGCAAAACUUGAAGCACUUGAUAAAGCUUUAAAUAGUGGUAAAACAUUUUUGGCUGGAAUACAUAAUUCAACAUUAGAAAACACACCAUUUACUCAAGUUGAAAUUGAUACCCUUGAUAAAUUGAUUAAUGAAAUUUCAGCUUGGAAAAUAAAACAAGUUGCUGAACAAGAAAAACUUUCUAAAUCUACUAAUCCAAUAAUAACAGUUCAAGCCAUUUCAUUAAAACAGACAUCUAUUGAACGUGAGAUGAGAUAUUUAAUGAAUAAAUUUACUUCUUGGAUACCACCAAAGAAAAAAGAAGAACCAAAAAAAAACGAUUCUAAAACUGAAAAUGAUAAAACUGAAACCUUACAAGAGCAAGAAAAUGAUAGUACAAUUGAAACAAAAGCUAGUGAAAAAGAGAAUAUAAAUGAUAGUGAAUCCAAAAUUGAACCUGAACAAUCUGAAACUGGUGAAAAUCCAUCAAUCGAACCAACAAAAUCUGAUGAGAAGAAACCUGAUGAACAUUCAGAACUAUAGUCAUGUAGUCAAUUAAAUAAUUUUACUGAGUAUUUAUAUAUUUUGUCAUACACAUUCCAGAAAAAACCCUGGAAAAUAUUUGUUUAAUGUGUAAAUUGUAUUAAUUUUUUAAAUAUUACUUUUUGUUAUUGUUGUUUUUAAUUUCUUUUUUCAAAAAGUUUUAGUUCAUAAUUAGUGAUAUUUAUAUACUAAGUAUUUAUAUUUUUAACUAUUCCAUAAAUUUUGGUUUGUAUAAUCUUUUUAUACAACGUGUUAUUCAUUAAUACUUUAUAAAAUAGUUCUAUAUAUCUAAUAAAUUAGAACAUUUCAAGAAUUGCAUGAAUGUAAAAAAAAUUUUAUUUAUAGUUAUUUUGCGCAGUUGGUUUAAUAAACAAUUUUUGAUAAUAUAA